AUGACAGAAACCACCCUGACUGUCUGCAGUGCAAGAGGAUAUUAUCCUGUGAAAGGUAGCGUGGGACUUGUCACGCCAAAAACUUGGUGCAAAGUCGUGGAUCCAGAAACUGGAAAAGCUCUUGGACCCAACAAACCUGGAGAGGUUUGUUUUAAAGGACCUUCAGUGAUGAAGGGAUAUUACAAAAACCCAAAGGCCACUCAGGAGACUAUCAGGAAUGGCUGGCUGCACACCGGAGAUAUUGGAUACUACGACGAGAAGAAGAACUUCUACAUCGUCGAUCGACUGAAGGAAUUGAUCAAGUACAACAGCUUCCAAGUGGCUCCUGCUGAACUGGAAGCCUUGAUCCUGACUCAUUUAGCGGUCAAGGAUACAGCUGUUAUUGGCAUUCCCCACCCGGAAGCCGGAGAACUCCCUGCAGCUUUCGUGGUGAAGAAGGAAAACUACGAAGCGACAGCUGAGGAUAUUGCCAAAUUCGUCUCUGAUCGGGUAUCAAAUCCCAAAAGAUUGCGAGGGGGUGUUCAUUUCGUCGAUGAGAUACCCAAAAAUCCGAGCGGAAAAAUUUUACGAAGAGUCUUAAGAGAUAGAAUUGAUGCUCUCAAAUCAUAA